AUGGAGAAAGUUGCAGGACGGGUUUAUUUAGCUCGCAUUACUGUCAAUCACGAUUCAAUUGUUUCGGUUCAUUAGGUAUCAAUUUACAUAAAGAUUCCUUUGAAGUUAGUCAUUCUGUCCAUUUGAGAGUGUGAAAAUUAAAAUCUAAUUGAAGUAUGUGUGUAAGAGAGAGUGCGUGGUGAACUCAUAUUCUGUUGUGGAAGAUCGAGUGAGUUAGUUCCUGAGGGCAAAAAAGCCGUAUACCAGCCUGGGCAUGAUGGGUACUGGUGGCAGGCUAGUUAGAUUAAAGCAUACCACAAAUCACUCAGAUGGUUCACACUUACAGCAAGACACACCUCUCUACCAGUCACACAACUGUUGUCUAUGAUAUAAAUGUGUCGGCAUGUCUGAAGUCAGACACUUAAAAAGUUUUGUAGUAUAGAUGGUAAUACCAUACUUUGAUUUAUACAACAGUUAAACCUGGUCCUCAAAUCUGAUUGACCGAGCUUUCUGUAGGUUACAUUGUUAAUUUUACAUUGUUACUUUAUCAGUGAGUCAUUAGCUCCUUUUGCAUGGACCCUAAUAAACCAACUGUAUAAAAAAAGUCACAUGUAACCACGUCAAUUGGAAUAAAUUGGCCAAAUUGUAAGGGGUGGUUUAAACCUUUUCUAAUCCUUCGAUAUGCAUGUGAACCGAAACUGGAAAUGUCUGUGCAUAUGCAAUGAUGUAGAAAUGGCACAAUGACAUAUGACGCAUGGAACAAGCUGUCAUUGUUGUCGUGUCAUUCUAAAAUUCUCAUUCCACUUAUUGUCUGUGAAGUGCUGCAGGACAAUGUCGUCCCAGCAGUCCUUGCUUUUGACUCUCAACCACAGAUGCCUUACUGCUUCUUUCUGCUUGAUAAAUAUAAUAAGCAUCACAGCACAAAGUGUCAUGCGUUCGUUGUCUCCUAAUUAGGACCCAAAAUAGAUAGAUAUUAAAGGGGAACUUCAGUGCUGGCAAAAUGGGCUUUCAAUAAAACAUGGCUGCCUAAGCAGUAAAAAGGAGAUUAUUUCUUUCUUUCUUUCUUUCUUUCAUGGAACCAGGGUUAAACGUUAAAAUAAACGUUCCCUUUCGAUAGGGUUCACCAGCAUUGCGUCAGUUCGCUGACACUUAUGGGGAACUUAAUCCAAUUGUGCCAUGCUACAAGCAUAGAACGGAAGCUGCUCUGCGAGCCGACAGCUUAGGGCCACUCAUUUGAGGGCCCCAUGAUCAGCUGCAAAAGGAGAGGUUCAGACUGCUUUCGGAGCCUGGCUACAUAGUACACAAGCAUUUGGACUGACAACACCUGUGCUUGAAGAGCAAGGAUGUCUAGGUUGCAAAAUCUGAUGAAAGUGGUCGGUGAGGACCAGCUUGUCACCACACAGAUAUCUGCGAUAGAGAUUCCACUGGACCACGCCCAAGAGGAGGCCAUACCUCUAGGCCCUAACCCCUAGGGGGCACAACAAUUCAAUGGACUUAUAAGCCAGCGCUAUUGCAUCCACAGUCCAUCUGGAAAUCCUUUGCUUGGAAACCGGCAGUCCUUUAGUGCGGCCUCCGAAGCUGACAAACAGCUGCUCUGAUUGCCGAAAUCGGCUAGAGUGCUCAGUUUACACUCUAAGGGCCCUGAUGGGACAGAGUGGAUGAGAUGCCUGUUCGUUCUCCGCAAGCGGAAGAGCUAACAGCGAUAUCACCUGCAUUCUGUACAGGGUGGAAAGCACUUUCAGCAUGUAACCUUUUCUCGGCAUGAGGACCACUUUACAGUCAUUAGGAUUGAACUCAAGGCAGGAAGUUUCCACAAAUAGAGCCUGCAGUUCUCCAACUCGCUUGACUGACGCUAAAGCCAGCAAGAGGGCGGUCUUAAGCGAGAGGGACUGAAGGUCAGUUGUCUCAAGCGGCUCAAAGGGAGGGUCCUGAAGUGCGCUAAGGACUGUGGAGAGGUCCCAUGAUGGGACCAAGCACGGACGGGGAGGAUUCAACCUCCUAGCCACCCUGAGAAACUUACUGACCUAGUCAUCUUUCCCAAUUGAUUGGCCAGCCACCGGGCGUGAUUCCAAUUCUAGGAACAAAGGCUGGUUCUGCCAAUGUGGUGGCAACAAGAGAAUUCAACAUGCUUCUUCCCGGAUUCGACUGAUGACCUGUGGAAGCAGGGCUACAGGAGGGAAGGCAUAAAGGUCAUUUCUGGGCCAGUGCGUCCAUUUCCUUUGAGAAGUAAAUCUGGCAGUGGGAGUUCUGUUCCGUUGCAGAGAUCCACAUCCGCCUGACCAAAGGUGCACCAUAUCAUGUUGACCGCCUGGGGGUGGAGUCUCCAUUGCCCCGGGGGCAGUCUGCUGUGUGACAACAUGUCUGCUCCUACAUUUGAGGAGCCCGGCACAUGAACUGCCCUCACUGAGGUUCCUCUGUGCUGAUAGGAGAAGACAGUUCACCAGUCUUUGCAGAGGUUGAGACCUGAGACCUCCUUGAUGGUUUAUAAAGGCAACCACCGUCCUGUUGUCCAAGCGGACCAGUACAUGAUGACCCCUGAGUUCCAGCCAGAAUCACCGACAUCAUUUCUAGGCAGUUGAUGUGGCAACUCAACAUAGGGGUCGCCCAUGAGCUGAAGGCUAUUCUGACAAACACACAGAGCGCCCCAGCCCAUCUUGGAGGCAUCUGUCACAAUCAUUUUUCUCCUGUAAACUGAGCCCAGUUACCCCGUCCUGGUAAAAGUGGGGUGAUUUCCAAGGGACCAAGGAUUUGAUGCACCCAUGGGUCACCUUGAGAGUGUGUCGGCCCAUGCGUCAUGCACGAGGUGGGACAUGGGCCUUCAACCAGAGCUUGAGUGGUUGCAUGUGAAGCAGGCCCAGCAGAAUGACUGAGGAAGCUGCCGCCAUGAGUCCCAGCAGCUUCUGAAACCACUUGAAGGGGUGAAGAGACCCCACUUUAAACGAGGCUGCCAUGCUCCUGAUUUUUAAAGGGGUGGUUCAUUGCGAUUUCACUUUCUUAACUUUAGUUAGUGUGUAAUGUUGCUGCUUGAGCAUAAACAGUAUCUGCAAAGUUACAGCACUGAAAGUUCAAUGCAAAUAGAGAUAUUGUCUUUUAAAGUUAUAGCAGUUUAAUGCCUACAAAAACGACCGGUUUGGACUACAACAAGCUUCUUCCUGGGUUGGUGACAUCAUAAACCCUGCCCACAUGAACACACAACAAAGUGGGCGAGGCCAUGUCACGCGGCAUAACGGAAGCUGAAGAGUUGUGUAAACCGGACACAUGCGGCGCGAACAAAAGAUAAAGGAAACCCAUUAUAUUCAGUGAUAUUGUCUACACUGGAUGCGGCGUGGAAGACAGCUUCCAGAAUCUGCACUAGUUCAAUGCUGGAUUUGCACAAAGGCUACUACUGAAGGAUGAAACAGUUCCCACUUUAAAAGCAGAAACUGUUAUUUAUGGGCCCCUAACUAGAAAACUGAUUCUAGACCAGCAGUUAUGGGCAGAUUUUCCCUCUAAAAGCAAGCAGAAGCAGUCAGUAGACUGAGUACAAAAAUACCAAGUCCAUGGCCAGGGGAAGAUUGAAAAGCAAAGUCGAAGCAACGUCAUGAAAUCUGACGUAGAAGCGUGCCUCUGAGUGUGUGAUUGGCUGCUGGGGCUGGAGAGGCACAAAUCUACAUCAUCCGGUUCUGAGCGCUUCUCUUUCAACGGUUUCUGCGUGUAACGCUGUGAUGAGUUUACAGUGCUCUCAACGCGGAUCAAAGAUCAUAUACGGACUGGACAUCUGAUUUGGUGCCAUCAUGAGUGGAGGAGUGAAUGUGAAGAGUCUUCCACGAGCCCAGCCGGGCUCCGGCAUCCCUCUGCACAGGACCAGACUUCCCUCCCCGAAACCUGAGCCCAAGUGCACCAGCAGCAGCCUUCCGAGACCAUCCACACACAUCCCUGUUAGCAACAGAAGCCCCUGUAGUAGCAGCCCUACAGCUGUCUCCUCCAAAGAUGUACUGAGGGACACCACCCUCAGAAACCAGCAUCUGCUUCUAAGAGGCAGUCCACCUAUUCAACGUUCUUCUACCAGUCCUCAAACACAGACCCAAGACUCUAGAUCAGCCCAUAACAGUCCACAGGUUCGACGGAAAGUGUCCCCACUUUCAAGGGGUAAUCUGGAUGGGCCCAAGACCGAGAGUUUGCUUGACCUUCGGUCCAAUGGCAACAAGAACUUCCAGAGUGGGAUCUUUUCUUCUCAGACAGGACGAAUGGACAAUGCUAACCGCUUGAUCUCAGAAGCACUCAAGUGCCACGAGGAGAGGGCUGCUUCUGGAAGCAGUCAAAGCAAGACGGGAAUCCCUUCAUUCAGAUUUAGUAACAACAACUUGAGGCCUGGUCCAGCAGCCACUAACGUAGAUACAGGUCUCCUCAGAGUCCAUAGAGAGAGAGUGUCCCUGCAGAAUAGUGCCUCCAGUAGCUUCUCAGAUGAGGAGAUGUGCACCCCAGAUGACCUCAGCCCGGAGGUCCCACAGAGAUCACCACCCAAGGCUAUUGCAGUCCAUAAACAGGACGCCUCCAGUGUUGAAAUGCUCAAAGCCAAACAGACACCAAAGGUCAAUAUGGCAGCCGUUGCACCUUUCAGAUACAGGCUGCAGAUUCAGGAAGACGUAUCUCUGGAUGACUUCAGCGACUGUUCCUCUGACUCAAUAGAAGUCUGCUGUGAUGACCUCAAUACUGGAGGAAUGCUUGGGGGUAGCCCAAGAGGACAAGGAGUAGAUCUGGAGACUGAGGCUGACAAAACCUCCAAAGCCAAGACCCCUCAGGGCCAGGCUGGUGCCAAAGGAGUUGGGGGCAUGGCUGCAAAAAGGGGCAAGUCAGGGCUCCCACAGGCUACUCCUCGGGCUGAGCUAAAGGUCUACCGAGCAGGAAACUCUGAGGGUCGUCUUCCAGUUCCUAGCAACCUGCGCAAGCAAAAGUCCUUGACCAAUCUAUGCGUGCUUACAGACGCUGAGAAGAAGAUGCACCUGUACCAGCCCAAGUGGUCGGAUGACAUGGAAAAGCCAGGGGCAGGUCAGAACAAGUCAGGCAAGCUCAAAGAUGCCGGAGGGGGUACUGGCAAGGGUAUCCCUCUUUCCAAAAACCUUUCCAAGUCAGAACAUUCACUGUUUCUAGGAAAGCCAAAACCCUUUAGCCCACCUUCCAAGCUGGGGAAACCCAGUCGGAUACCUAAGGGUCCUUAUGCUGAGGUCAAACCCAUCAGCAAAACUCAAGAGCUGGAAGAUGAUAGCAAGUCGGAUGAUGAGAUCUUGUCCAGCAAGGCUAAGGCUAAUGGUAAGAAAUCUGUGAGUGGUACCUCGGGAGCAGCCACCCCAGGAGGAGGUGGAGGGGGCAAAGAUGUACCAGAACCAGAGGAAGGGGACAAAACCUUCCUAAAGGUGGACCCUGAACUUGUUGUAACGGUACUUGGGGACCUGGAGCAGCUUCUCUUCAGUCAGAUGUUGGAUCCCGAGUCCCAGAGGAAACGCACCGUUCAGAAUGUCCUCGACCUCCGGCAGAACCUGGAAGAUACCAUGUCCAGCUUACGGGGGUCGCAGCUCAGCCACAGCUGUAUUGAGAGCAGCAUGUGCUACGACAGUGAUGAGACUAACGCCCGCAGUUUAUCCAACCGCUCAUCUCCUCUCUCCUGGCGCCAAGGCCAGUCCAGCCCUCGCCUGCAAGCUGGUGACGCCCCCUCCUCCGGGGUCACCGCCCACUCCCUGCCCAUCCGAGCAUCUACGCAGAUCAGCCACCUGCAGCGCAUCCAGCUCAUCGAGGGCCUGGACGCCGCGGACGAUGACCUGGCUGACCUCAAGUCUGGUUACCUCAGCGACGGCAACCUGACGGGCAAGAGCCAACCAGAAGAUGAUGACGAUGAUGAUGAUGACGUUGAUGUAGACGUCGAUGAUGAUGAUGACCUAGCCAAUGGUUGGGAUGAAAGCAGCUCCAUCAGCAGCGGUUUGAGUGACGGUUCAGACAACCUCAGCUCAGAGGAGUUCAACGCAGGCUCCUCCCUCAACUCCCUGCCAACUACUCCCAUUGGCUCCCGGCGAAACUCUGCCAUCGUGCUGCGCACUGAUGCCGAGAAACGCUCGCUGGUUGAAAGUGGCCUUUCCUGGUACAGCGAGGAGGGCAAGGCUCAAUGCCGGAAUGAGGGAGGAUAUGACACGGGCAGCCUUAAGGCCGAGUCAUCCAGCAAGUGGAAAAAGAGCAGAUCGCAGGAUGACACGGCAGUCAAGGGUGAACUAAGGAAACCGCAGACACUUGGCCACCCACCCAGCGGACUGAAGAAGAGCCGUAAUCCUCCAGUGGGCGUGACCUCUCCCAUCACGCACACCUCACAGAGCAUGCUCAAAGUGCCAGGAGUUCCAAAGAAUGAUCAGCGAGUUGUGGAUAAAGCCAAAAUGGCCGUGAAAACAUCCGGAUUACAGCGCUCCAGUUCAGAUGCAGGAAAAGAUCGUGGUGAGCACCGAAAACCUCCCUCCGGUCUUGUCCGUCCCUCAGCCGGCACGGCAAAUUCCUUCGGUUACAAGAAAACUGUUCCAACCACUGGCACUGCCACUGUGCUAACAACUGGUGGAAACACUGUCUCUGGAGACUCUGCAAUUGGGAACAAAACUCCUAAAACCUCUGGUAUCCCAGUAAAACCCUCUGCUGGUAGUGUAGGGGGAGGGCGAAAGACCAGCCUUGAUGUGUCAAACUGUGAUCAAGGCUUUAUGGCUCCGAAUGCACGUAACAACAUCCAGUAUCGAAGUCUCCCAAGACCUGCUAAGUCCAGCACCUUGAGUCUGACGGGAGGACGUCCGGGCGCUCGCCCUGUCAGCAGCAACAUGGACGCUGGUCUGCAGGGCCUAAAAACGGUCCCCACCCCAUCCAGACUGAAGGAACCAGGCAGUGUGAAGAGCUCCCAUCGGGCCAGUACAGGAGGGUGUGGUCCAGUCAACCAGACGGACCGUGAGAAGGAGAAGGCCAAAGCCAAGGCAGUGGCAUCUGACUCUGAGUGUAGCGGAGGGGGCUCGCUAAAGAACGGCACAUUGACACCAACACAGAGUGCGCUGGAGCCUCCUUCCAAGUUACUGGGACUUCGGCAACCAUCCAGCCUGGGCAAAUAUUCAGAGCUGCCCUCUCCCAACUCUCAGAGGCCCUCCAGUGCCAGAUCUCUGCCCAAACCUGCUCACCUGGACAAAGUCAACUCCAACAGCCUGGACUGUGGGAUAAUCAAUGUGGAGGACCAGCUUCCUCCUAAAGUGCCACCCUUCUCCAAAUUACAAGAUCUUUCAGGAAUUAGCAGCUCAAGUUGUCUGACCCCCAGCCCGGCUCCCAUCCUCAACGUCAACUCCUCCGAAUGUUUCUCUAGCGCCACCGUGGGCCGAGGGGGCAGUGCUGGUGGCUCUCCCUCUCUCUACCCCCGUCUCUCUGGGCUGCAUCGUAGCAUGGAGUCCUUGUCUCUACAGAUGAGUGUGUCUCCAGCAGGGGGCGGCGUGACGGAGCCCAGGCCCAGACAUGAGGACAGAGGGACUCUUGGUGGCUGGUCAGCAGGAAGCAGGGUCUCGCUCACUCUCACGACAGACAGCUCACAAAGGGACAGAAAUACUCUCCCGAAGAAAGGCUUAAGCCAGCACAUCUCCUCGCAGGCUGAGGAGGACAACAAAGAGAGACGUCACUCUCACACCAUCAUGAGCUUGACGGAGACGAGCAGUCCGCCACAGUUCCCUUCACCCAUACUGACAGGAAAGAUGCCACUGACAAGCAUCAUGACACCAAGUCCCACCUCAGGAACGCCAAGGAUGACCAGAUCCAACAGCAUUCCCGCUCAAGAGGCCAGUUUUGAGCUGUAUCAGUCCUCACCUCUGGGCAGCACCCUAUCACUUGCCGAGCGGCCCAAGAGCAUGAUCCGAUCCGGCUCCUUCAGAGACAGAGAACCUGGCGAUGAUGUUCAUGGUUCGGUGCUCUCACUGGUGUCUAAUGCCUCCUCCAACUACUCCUCGGCGGAGGAGAGAAUUCAGGGCGAGCAAAUCCGUAAGCUGAGGAGGGAGCUGGAAUCUUCACAGGAGAAGGUGGCCAAUCUGACCUCACAGCUGUCUGCUAAUGCCAACCUGGUGGCAGCAUUUGAGCAGAGUCUGGCCCUCAUGACCUCUCGACUCCAGUCCCUCUCUGUCAGCGCUGAGCAGAAGGACACAGAGUUAAUGGACCUGAGAGAAACAAUCGAGAGCCUUAAAACCAAGAACAUGGAGGCACAGGCCGUCAUCCAAGUCGCCCUCAAUAACCCUGAUGUUGCCCCCAAAGAGUUGCGAAUCAGGAGGCAGAACUCAUCCGAGAGCAUCUCUAGUCUGAACAGCAUUACCAGCCACUCCAGUGUGGGCAGCCUGAAAGACGAUGCCAAGAAGAAGAAGAAAAAGAGCUGGUUGCGAAGCUCUUUUGGCAAGGCGUUCAGCAUUAAGAAGGGUGCUAAAGGCGGCUCGAUGUACUCUGAUAUUGAAGAGAUCGCCACUCCAGACUCUUCUGCCCCCAAUUCACCAAAACUGGCCCAUGAAGAUGGAGAGAACCCACCCCCUUCCCUCCAAUCCAGCCAAUCAGCCACCUCCUCUGUGAUCCUUGAAAGUAACGAGGAAAAUGAGAGCGAUGAGAAGGUGGUAUCGGAGCUGCGGUCUGAGCUGUGGGAGAAAGAGAUGAAACUGACGGACAUCCGGCUAGAGGCGCUGAACUCGGCCCACCAGCUGGAGCAGUUACGAGAGUCCAUGAACAACAUGCAGAUGAUGGUGGAGAAUCUGAAGGCAGAGAACGACCAGCUGAAAACAGGAAGUGCUCCGUCGUCCCUUAUCCUCCCUUGCGGCCCACCUUCUACUUCCACCUCCCAGCCCUCUGGCCUCGCCAGCCUCCUGAACUCCAACCAAAGCAAACCACCCAUGAGCCUCACCAAGUCCUUCAGCCUCAGCCUCAAUGAGUGCUCAAACCCUGACGUUGCUCCUAUGGAGUUACUGAGCCUGUCAUCUCAGAGGGAUGGGGUCUUUACACGUGUGGUGGUCCGUAUAGCUGACCAGCAAGUGUCCAGAGAGCAGACGAGGCAGCAGGAUUUCUACAUCGGCUCGGUGAGAAUUCAUGGGAAAACUGAGUGGUCAAUGUUAGACACAGACAUCGCCACAGCUUUCAGGGAAUACAUUUCCCAGGUGGAUCCCAGUGCGAGUAUGGGUCUGUCUGUCGACUCUAUCCACAGUUACGGUAUUAAUCAGAGCAGGAGAGUGCUCGGAGCUGAGGCCCCUGAAAGUUCACCCUGUGACUGUUUAAAAAAGGGUCCUGGACUCGUCACUGUCACCCUCAAAGGUUUUAAGGAGAAGGGUGUGGAUAGUCUGGUGUUUGAGACGCUCAUCCCGAAGCCCAUGAUGCAGCACUACAUAAGUCUGCUUCUGAAGCACCGGCGGCUGGUCCUGUCGGGCCCCAGUGGCACCGGGAAGACCUAUCUCACCACCCGUCUGGCUGAGUACCUGCUGGAGAGAAGUGGCCGUGACCCUGGCCCCGGCCUUAUCACCACCUUCAACAUGCACCAACAGACCUGCAAGGACCUCCAGUUGUACCUGUCUAAUCUGGCCAAUCAGAUUGACCGUGAUUGUGGCGCUGAGGACAUUCCACUGGUCAUUAUCUUGGAUGAUAUCAGUGAUGCGUCCUCCAUCACUGAUCUGGUCAACAGUGCACUGACCUGCAAAUAUCACAAAUGUCCAUAUGUCAUUGGAACCACCAAUCAAUCUGUUAAGAUGUCGUCAAAUCAUGGCCUGCAUCUCAGCUUUAGAAUGGUCACCUUCUCCAACAACGUGGAGCCUGCAAAUGGGUUCCUAGUGCGUUACUUGCACAGGAAGUUGGUCGAGACGGAGGAUGAAAGCACAGUUCACAGCGCUGAGGUGCUGAGGGUUCUGGACUGGGUGCCUAAACUCUGGUACCAUCUCCAUACCUUUCUGGAGAAACACAGCACCUCAGAUUUCCUCAUAGGUCCCUGCUUCUUCCUGUCUUGUCCAGUAUCUUUAGCAGAGUUUCGCUCAUGGUUUAUUGACCUCUGGAACCAGUCCAUUAUUCCUUAUCUUCAGGAAGGAGCUAAGGAUGGUGUGAAGGUCCACGGUCAGAAAGCAGCAUGGGAGGAUCCAGUGGAGUGGGUGAGGGAUACGCUGCCCUGGCCUUCAGCUCAACAGGACCAGGCCAAACUCUUUCACCUCCCUCCGCCAACCACCGGCCCCAGCGCUGCUCCAACACUCCAGCAGCCCAGUGACGACAGGUCCAACAAGGACACGUCCCUUCCCACCAUGGAGUCCGAUCCACUGAUGGCAAUGCUGCUGAAACUCCAGGAGUCGGCCAACUACAUUGAAUCACCGGAACGGGACAUUUCAGGCAACCCCACUUUCUAGGUUGAGCUAAAGGACUUGAGAGCUCGCUAAUGGCUAGUGCUGUUUCAAAACACUGUUCUGUACAGCUGAUUUGCACCUCUUGUCUCCUUCAAAAGGUUUAUGAGAGUCGAGGAACUCUCAAGAACACCCAAGUCAAGGCAGACAAAACUCUCAGUCUGAAAGAAGAACAGAAGAACUAAUCCUGCCAGAUCUAAGCGAGAAUCUUUUUUUGCACUGUUGUCUUAACCAGUCCUUCCUUUGCUUAUCUAACCUGCAAGUUGCAUGGCAAAACUUGCAACUGAGGAUUGUGAAGAUUGGAUGAUUGUGAAGAUGAGAUGUUCUUGUCUACUAUACUGGGAACAAAAUGUGCUUCAUAUUUGUUCAGUUUUACUUUUGUUGUAGGUAAUAUCUGUCCAUAUGGACCAAAAAUCUAUUUAUUCUUAUUUGCAAGAGUACCAACACUCCAUCCUCAAGAUCCAGUCACCUGAAUCCUGUACACAAAGGUGCGGUUACAUUUAGACCAACUUGCGUGGAUGCAAAAUCUAAUGUACAAGAUGGUGCUUAGAAUUCAGCCUUAAAUGAUGUCCCUCCAUAUAUCAUAAAUUCAGUUUCAUAGCAAUCUGAAAAUAACUCUAUAUUACCUCAGUUUGCAUAGUGAUGCAGUUUUAAGGUGCAGUACAUACCCAUAACCAGGUUGCAUUUAUUCCUAUCAAACAUGCAGACAUGAAGCAGACAGACGUAGACUGUAGAUCUCUGAGAGGAUGCACUUUGAUUUGUAGCUUUCAAGCAAGAGCACUGACUGUUUGUUCAAAACUCAAGGGUCGUUCACUCUGAUGGUGGUUUGCAGCGACAAAGCAACCAGAAGUCAUUAGUUUUCAAUGAGGCGGCAUGAGCGACAGUUAAAUAUAUGCAAAUGUGACACUACCAAUGGGAGAGCAGACAGUGAAGCUCAUGUGAUCUGCUACUUGACAUUGUUGGUUAUUCAUUGUCUACGAAAGUUGCUGAAUUUUGGCGGCACUUUGAGAUGCAGCAAAGCAGUGAGGCUUAUGUGAUCCACCACCUGAUACAGUUGGGUGCGACCUCAGGUGAUUUGAUCACUGGCUGUAACAACAGGUGCUGUUACCGGUGCAUGGGAGCCGUAUGCAACGUCUUACCUUCAGUAAUCGCUUUUGUGCAUUGAGUGCAUUUGACCUUAAGGCCUGGGUAUACUUCAUUUUCCACAUUAAGCUCAGUCUCGCGUACAGUUGAGCAUGCAAGCCUUUCAAACAAUGCUUUUUCAACUCUGAAUGUGGAUAGAUAAUGUGUUAGUGGACCUUGCAAUUGCGCAUGCGCUGUUAUUGGCAGACACAUGGAUUAUGGUGAUGAUGAAAAUCACAUGGAUAGACCCGUGAUGGAGCAGAACGUGGACAAGGGAAGUAUACUUUCGGCUUUAGUUCCAAUACCCAAGGUGCUCAUGGAUCAUCAAGAUAAUCCAAGGCUUUGUUCUCACGACACCACAAACCCGAUUCGCUUGCUGAUGUCAUUACUGUAGCAGCUAAUGUAGGCCCUGUUUCCACCAGGUAUUAACGUGUUUGUAAUGUGUUUUGUUGAGAAACUCCUUUUUUAUUUUGGGCACACUCUACGUAACUUUGAUACUAUUGAAUGAAUGAACCCGUGUUACGUGGCUUAUGAGCAGGCAGGAAAGAAAGAGAAUGCAAAGGAUACGGAUGGCAGCUGCAAUUUCAAUCGUAAUCAGUUUGUUUUGGUACAACACAGCCAAGUGCAACGCGCAAAGGACGAAUAAACAUUUACAUUACAAAUGUAAUAUGGUCAUAUGCAGUGUUGGGGAACGUUACUUUCAGUGUUGGGGGUAACGCAUUACAGGUAACUUGAGUUACGUAAUCAGAUUACUUUUUUCAAUUAACUAGUAAAGUUACACAUUACUUUUUUACAACAAAAUAUCAAAGUUACUUUUUCAAAAAAGUAAUGCAAGUUACUUUGUUUUCCCAUGUAUUGACUGACAGCUUUGUCAGUUUUUGGUUUGAAAAGGCCUUUACAUUUGCCAAAAAUAUAACUUUUCCGUUGUUGUUAAAAAACAAACAAGCAAGGCCAGCCGAGGUGAGAAAAAAUAACGCAAAAGUAAUGUAACGCAUUACUUUCCAUAAAAAGUAACGUAAUUAGUUACUCUUUUUAGGGAGUAAGACAAUAUUGAAAUGCUUUACUUUUAAAAGUAACUUUCCCCUACACUGGUACUUUUAAAAGUCAGUCAAUACAUGGGAAAUCAAAGUAACUUGUGUUACUUAUCUGAAAAAGUAACUUAGAUAUUUUGUUGUAAAUUUAAAAGUAAUGCAUUACUUUACUAGUUACUUGAAAAAAGUAAUCUGAUUAUGUAACUCAAGUUACUUGUAAUGCGGUAACCCCUAACACUGGUCAUAUGGGUUUUUAACUACCUCCGUAAGUUUGUUUAGUGAUCCGAUCAUUUUAGAUGCUGUUUUUACCUAUAUUUAGUGCUGAACACUUGUGAUAACAUCACCAAAAAUGCAUCUUAAUACCAGGUGGAAACAAGUCCGUUGAUAUACUGGAUAUUGACUCCACCUCCUGAACAAAUGAAACCAAUUUGAGCUCCUGCCAAAUAAGACGGGGCUAGAUUGCGUUUGAAAACAAAAUCAGGAUUGUUUGAGUGUGAACAAAGCCAAAAUGGUUUAAACAAUUUGUUUUGUCUGGAGGAGGUUCAGCAAUUUGUUAUUUUGGCCUUUGUUAUGUCUUGAGGUUCAAAGCAAAAUAACAUCAGUGUUAGCUUACGGUUUUACAAACUCUUGUGUCCUUUGGUCUUCUCAAACAAUGUAGCCAGUUUUGGAAAUGUUGUAAUAUCUGGAUUUUAUUUACGGUAAUUUCAAGUCACAGGAACGGCCCCAUGUCAGGGUCUUUUAUAAUCUUUCAAAUCAUUCCAGUAAUAUUUAACUCUAAUAAUUACAAAAUCUCAAAAAUCACACUAAAAAAUAAUAAUGGUGGAUUGUAACUCAUGAAUGCAUUUGCUAUUGGCUGAUUACAAGUGCUCCAGAACUGUAUGUGCAUGAAAGCUUUAACUUUAAGGAAAAUGAUAGUUAAAAAAGGCACCUUAUCAUGAGAUGCCCAAGAGUGUGUUGGCAACUUGAUCUUUUACCUAAAUUAUUAUUAUUACCUGAUUGAAAUUUAAUUUCUUAUGUAUGUGUACUAACCGGUUUUAGUACUAGCACUACAUGAAACACGUGCCGUUGUAAUCUCAGAAUGUAAAUUUGAUCAAAACAUCAGUUUGCCAACACACCUAGUGCUCUUGAGGAUGCUUGCUGAUUCUUGUGCUUGUGUUUACGCGUCCUGUUACUGUCAGACGUAGCUCUCCAAAUGAAUAACCACAGCGUUUUUUUAAAGGUCUUUUUUGUACGUUUUUUACUAAAGGAUCUUAGUCUGACAUUUGUAAAUAGGAUUUUCAAAAAAAAAAAUUGCCAAAAAAUAAAAUGCAAAGGUCUAUGGUAGAAUAAACAUUGCAAGGAUCAAAUAUAACAACUAUAAACUGAAUGUGUCUGGUUAGAUUUACAUUACAGUGAGGAUCACAGUCAUCUCUCAGUAGUUAUUGCCUUUCCUGUAGGGGUAAGUUAACUGCCACAAAGUAACUAGAUCAUGUUGCCUAUGUACAUUUUCCACUAUAAAAGUGUCCUCUUUAUUCUCGUCCGGAUCGUACAAGGUAUUGAAUAGCUUUUACGAUUAGUUGGUCACAAACAAUCCAUAAAAAAACAGUAAAAAAGAAGUGGUAGCGGUGCUUCAAAUCACACAAGUACCUCAAAUCUGUCUUAACAGCUCAUUAUAUGAUCAAAACACUUCCCUUAAUAGCUUAUGGAUAGUUUGGGGCUUUGGGGAAGAUUCCCAGUUGUUUGUCUUGAAAAUGUGCCUAAUAUAAGCCAACUUGUUGGACAUUGCAAUACCUAAACUAUUAUGUUUUGCAAGGGAUUGUUUGCUGUGGAGGAUAGGAAUGCGAGCGAACGUGCUAUCCUUUUUUAUGCUAGCUUAUAAAAUUACAUUGAGAUUUGAGCUCGCGGGUAGUCUCGUUUCCAAAUGUCCUGGAAAUCGAGGCUGCUUUGCUAGCUUGCACAAACUGAAGCCAUUUCCCACCGUCACAGAUAUAUUUGCAUCGUAGUACAGUGUGCUUUAUCAUAUCUGCUGUCUUGCAUAGCGCCUGAUAUAGUUUGGACAACCUAAAAUAGAGUGUCUCUAACUAUGUAUCGAUUAAUUUAUUCGUUAUUUUUACUGGUUUAUGAAUAACAAUGCUGAAUGUUCAAGCAGGCAUAAUAAUAAUACAAAACCUGUGCUUUGUAAACUUUUUUUUCCCACGUGUUUUAGAUUAAACCAUGUUAUACAAGGUUUGAUAUUGUUUAAUCAAAACAGAUUGAUGAUUUGUCACUAUGCAGUGUUGGAACAACAUUUUAGCCUGCGUUCAGUUGUCAGUACCAAUGACAGAUAACAGUGGUAUAUGUGAUAAGCUAAUGUGCAGGUUUGAUGGUGUUUUAAUGUCGUUGCUGUGUAUCACCAUUGUUUGUCUGGGAAAACACAUUGGACCUACCUGUCCCGCUGGGAUUUCAAACAAAAACUUUUUUUUUCAUUGUUUUUUUUUUUUUUAAGAAAUGGAUCUUGCUUUCUCUUUAAUAAAUCUUUCUAUUUUGUAUAGAACAUUGCAAUUGUAAACAUUGUAAAUAGUAAACUCAUCUGCGACCACAAUCACAGUAAAAUAUGAAAAAUCCGGCCCUAGGAUGAGACACCUUUUGUUAUUGUUGUUUUUUAUUAUUAUUAUUUGCAAACUGUCUGCUGGAAAAGGGUUAUAAAGGCAUGUGCUGAUCUGAGAGAAUUUAAUCCAUCAAAUAUUCACUCAUGUUUUCAAUAAACUCAUGCCAUCCGUACACUAA